ACAAUAGUAAAUAAACAAAGUUAAAGGGCUUAAUAUUAAACACAGUGGCGUUGCAACCUACGAACGCCGAUCCGACUCAUCCGAGCUAUAUAACGCAUAACUUGACUGACUGGGUGAGACUGACUGGGUGCGAACUCAGAGGGCAAGGGCAAAAUAUAGUCAAGAAAAUCACACACUUGAUCUCUCUCCAAAAAUUAUACGGAAAGUUUCGCAGCAAAUCUUUUGUACACAUAUCAUCUAUAUACAAUCUGUUAAGGAAACGGAAACUGGAAGGUUGUAAUUGUUGAUUUCAAUUUUCCAAACCGAAAAGAUGAGCCGUCACUGAGAAGAAAAAGGAAAAGGGUGUUCCCCGGAGGGAGUUCUAACGGGUGUAAAGAAGCGGAUGUGGUGGAAAUCUCGCAGCCGAUUAACCGUGCUUCGAAAACCAAGCUAUUGAAGCAAAAAGAGUUCUGUCCUCUGUGGUGCUGGUUGUUAUUUAGAAAGUCUAUGGAGGUCAUAUUAGAUGUGCUAUGUGGAUUGAUAAAAAUGUGUAUCAUUCGCCAUUUUCAGCUUAACGUUACGGUUGCUGCAGUUAAUGUUUAGGUUAUUUGUGAUGAAAUAAUAGAUGUAGACAUGGAUGAAGACUGGGAUGUGCUGAUAGACGGGCAAGUUGACACAAUUGGCAAAGGCAAGGAAGCUCUGUCUGACUGUUUGGGUCCUAGUAGUAUAGCCACUGGUGUAUCUGGGAAUGGCAUUCAGUUGUCCAACAAUGGCUCUGCUGGAUUACAUAAUUCUAGUAAUGUAGAUGAUUUCAAUUCCUCUCUCUUAUACGGAGAAGAUGAGUGUAUAGAUAUGUAUUAUGAUGACCUCAUUGAGGAAGAUUAUGCAAUUUUGCAAUCACAUUUUGAUCAUAUGGAUAUUCCUCCUGGGAUAGAGGCUCCGCUUCCUUGGUUGCCAAGUUCUGCAGGAAAUAACAUGAAGUUAAUGGCCCCAGGCACUUCAACCAAUUCAAGUUCACAACCUCAGUUGAAUGAUGCCAAUCUUCCUGCCACAAAUUUCUCUCACCCAUCACGGAAUACUAAAACUGUUGUAAUAAAGGAUCAAUCAACUUCACGGAACAGUACGCAGUUUGGUACCCAAGUGCAUGCAGUUAGUCAACCUGUGGAUUUGAAUCUGCCUUCAACUAUGUGGGAACCAGCUCUAGAUCAAGAUAAAUUGAACACUUCAAGCAGUACAGCUUAUCAUAUUUCAGAAAUCUCAAGUAGUUUGUUGAAUCUUAAACAUGAGAAGGACUCUUUGUGCUCUUUUAGAAAAAAUAGGAGGAGGUCUCAUCUACUACCCCCACCACCUGUUCUCUACAGUCCACACAAUCAAUUUCCUGCCAGUUCAACGCAUUUUUCGAGUAGUGUGAAGACGCAAGUUGGUAAUGAUUGUAGCUAUCCAAAAUUAAAUCCAAUGAACACACCUGGUGCUGGAACUUCUGUGCCAGUGCUAUCGUGGAAGAAAUGCAAUAUGAAUAUGUUCGAACCACUUCCUCCUGGAUUUAUUGGUGGAAGCUCAUCUGCCCUGUGGGGACAUGAUCCUGCCAAGAACCAAAGUAAUUCAUUUCCUGUAGCAACUCCAGAACCACUCACCUAUGUGGAGAAUAGGAAUAUGGAUGAAAUUCUUCAAAGUUUCGAUCUUUUUAAGCAAUUUGACACUGUUGAAAAUUACUCUGACCACCACUACUCGAAAAAUUGUUCAUCUAUGCAACAGCCGUCGAAGGGUUGGACAAAGAGAAUACAAGAGGAAUGGAAGAUCCUGGAGAAAGAUCUGCCUGAUACAAUACUUGUGCGGGUCUACGAAUCCAGAAUGGAUCUUUUGAGGGCUGUAAUAAUAGGAGCAGAGGGAACUCCAUACCAUGAUGGUCUCUUUUUCUUCGACGUCCUCUUUCCUGGAAGCUAUCCUAAUGUUCCACCUCUUGUCCAUUACCACUCUGGUGGCCUUCGCAUCAAUCCAAACUUGUACGGUUGUGGCAAAGUAUGCCUGAGCCUUCUCAACACUUGGGGUGGUAGCCAGAAGGAAAAGUGGAUCCCUGGUGUAUCAACCAUGCUGCAAGUUUUGGUCUCUAUACAAGGCCUAAUUUUGAAUGCUAAGCCCUAUUUUAAUGAGCCCGGAUAUGCGAAUACGAGUGGUUCAGUAAGUGGAGAAAAGUGUUCCCUGGCUUACAAUGAGAAGACUUAUAUCCAUUCUCUCCAGACGAUGGUGUACAGUAUGAGGCGACCACCUAAGCAUUUCGAGGACUUUGUGAUAGGGCAUUUCUGCAAACGUGCUCGUGAUAUUCUGGUUGCAUGUAGAGCCUAUAUGGAAGGCGCUCAAGUGGGUUGUCUUGUCAAAGGGGGCGUUCAAGAUGUUGACGAGGGUGACAAGAGCUGCUCCCUGGAUUUUAAGGCCAAGUUGGCAGGGUUCAUCACUACACUCGUAAAUGCAUUUUCUCAAAUUGGCGUGAAGGAUUGUCAAGAGUUCCUUUGUUUGGCUCAAAAGGCUAAUGAACAAGUUUCUGCUCUACCUGGGGUCCAAAACUUUCACUAUUAGGUCAAUUAAAUUACAAUUGAGACUUGCGCAAUGAAUUCUGCAUGCAAGAUAUGCUCGUCUUGAAUUUUUUUUUCGAUUGCUUGGGAUGUAUUUAAAGUUACGAAGCAGUGAAUGUUAAUGAAUUCAGGAUGCUCAUUUGAGUAAAUUUAAUGUCAUAAUGUGGAUAUAACUUGAAUUGUGUUUAUCCUUUUAUGAUUUAUUUUCC